AUGUGGUUCCAAGGAUUUGCUGCAGACCACCCACUUCAUGUGCUAGAGAAAGUCAUGGUGUGCCUAUGGAUGCUAUGGUAUGAGCGCAAUCAAAUGGCCUGGGCAGGACGUCAACGGAGUGCAACAGAAAUUGUUAGUGGAGCAAUGCACUGUUUGCAAGAGUUUCAGGAAGUACACCCCCCUCCAAAGAACCAUACCUCACGUGCCAUUGCUAAAUGGGUGCUGCCACCGCCUGGAGCUAUUAAAAUAAAUGUGAAUGGAGUGUUUCAUGGUGAAUCCAGUUUUGGUGGGGUUGGUUUGGUGGUUCGUAAUUCUACAGGUGCCUUUCUUGCAUGCAAGUUGGUUGUGCUAAAUGGGAUAUCAAAUCCCAUGCAUGCCAAACUGGUUGCAUUAAGAGAAGGCUUAAUCUAUGCUGCCAAGUGGUCCAAUCUGGAAUGUCAUACAGAAGGGGAUUCUCAGGGCGCUUUACACUCAAUACAACGGGGCCAAACUGAUCUGUCCCAUCUUGGUUGCCUAACUAAUUGUCAAACACUUUUGGCCAGCCAAGAGCGUGUUUAUUUGAGGGUUACAGAGAGGAGUGCAAAUGGGGUUGCAACACGGUUGGCUCGAUAUGCUCUACACUCUCAGGGAAUGGCAGAAUGGGUUACUGAUCCCCCAGAUUUCCUACAAGAUGUUUUGUUCAUUGAUGUAAUGUAA